AUGCCUUCGUCCCCCUCUAUGGUAUUGGACCAUGAUCAAAUUGUGGGCGCGGGCUUUGCAGCUGCAUUUUCUGUCCUUGCUACUUGCGCGAUAGCCGGUGUUAUUUUUCGUGUCGCCUACUUACACCUUCGUCAGUGCGUCACCAAGUCGGAAGGACCUCCUCCUCGGGAGCACGUCUUCUUUCGUACACAGCUUGGCCGCUAUGCCUUGUGUCUCUUGCUUGGAAACUUUUGCAUCAGUCUAGCUGGGCUUCUCGACUUGAAGUGGCUUGCGCAAGGGGUCAUUACUUCUGGUUCUACAUGUGUGACUCAGGGUGUUAUCAUGCAAAUUGGCAAUUUUUCCACCGCGUACUUUUCCAUUGUCAUCGCCGUGCAUACAUUCCUUACAUUGGUGCUGCACAAGAGGCAGUCAAUGCUGGUAUGUGGAAUAUCUGCAACUCUAGGCUGGAUAGUGGCUGCGACGAUCGCGCUAAGUCCUCUCUACUUUCCCCAGCCUGUGGGGCCAUUGUACGGACCAUCGGGCCUUUCGUGCGGGAUUCGAGCCAUUUACGCACGAGAACAAUUUCUAUUUCAUCUUUUGCCGAUUUUCACUGCCUCUGUGUUCUCCGCCCUCCUCUACUCGUUGAUAUUCCUUGUUCUUCGGGGCACGUUGAUGAUACGGGGUGGCUUGAGCUUGAACUUGGGCCCUCCAACCGUUUCAAGAGGGCGCCUUACUUACGAGGGCUAUCAUCGUUUUGUAACUGCGGUCGCUAAAAGUAUGCUGUGGUAUCCUUUGGCCUACGUAGUGCUACUUCUACCAUACUCCAUAGUCCGGUUGCUAAGCAUAUCGGGGUUCUUCGUUUCGUUCGCUGGGGUUGUUUUGGCGUCGGUAUUUUGGUCUUUCCUAGGGAUCGCUAAUGUGGGCCUGCUGUACAAUACCCUCCGUGUGCUAGGACCUACUUUCGACAUCCGUAACACAGCCGCAAGUGACUCGGAGAGUUUCGAUACCGGGGAGAAGUACAAGACGUACGAUGCAGAUUACGUGACCAAAUUUCCUCGCGAGCAAGACCAACCACCGCUUCCUGGUCGUAAUCCAAUGGCCGCGACUGAUGCGCGGAUAACCUCCGUGGCAGGGAGUUCCAGGUACUCCAUUCAAAGUAGCUCAUCAACAGUUGGACUCCUCAGGCCUCAGGCGGAUGGACAGCUCAAUCCUGUGACAUACUCCUUAGACCGCUCUAUCUCUCCCGCUACGGAUCUAAAUCGCGAGAUUGUUGUUGGAGCUCCGAUAUCCUCUCAAGAUGAAACAGCAUCGCAUACGUCGUCCCCAUCCGCGAAGUAUGGUCGAAGCUUAGGGUCUAUUUCUACAGUCAACAGUUUACCUGCGCCUCCUCGGCGGGGUCGCUCUCCUAUCUCUUAUACACCCAGUCCUGAGAGUGUGGAGACUAAGGGGCGCGCCCUCCCUCAAGAACCGGCGGUGAACAGCGCUUCAAUGUCAUCCCCGUAUCUUAUGCCGGCGAAAACACGUCUCAGCGCUCCGUAUCAAGAUACGUCCAGACCUCGGUUAUCUGCGCAAUCGAGUUCAUCGUUAUCGGUGUACCAUGAUAUGGGGAUGACUGAAGAUCAGUGGACGAUGCGGCAGAGCAGUUCUCAGUCGAACGCCGGGGUACCCGAUACACCGCACAUUUUACGAGAUCAUACGGGCCAUCAUUUACCACUCAGCGCCAUAGCCUCCCAGACUAGCUUUCCUUCGCCCACUUUCUCUUACUACUUCGCUCCCGAAUCGCCCACCGAGCGACCUCUUCCACCUCUUCCACCCUUCCCACCAAGUCCCAACGCAUCUCUCAACGAGGAUCCGAAUCUCACUUCAGGAGAAGGUAAAACGAUGAUUUCUCACAAGUACUCAGUAUCAGCAUUUGGCGUCACGGACGGAGGCAGCCACGUGCGGCAACUCUCGACGAGCAGCCAUACCAGGAGACCAUCUGCCACCGGCAAAGCUUUCUGA